CUGAUGGAUUUUACCCGGAUACCGAGGAUCAUCUUACACCGGAUAGAUCUCCCACAGUGCUGGGUGUGUAAAGAGGAGGAGGUUCUCAAUGAAUUCAGCAACCAGGAGAGGAAGUCCACUUCAGGUAAAGAAGAACCAGAACAUCAAGAGUUCAAAGAGGAAGAGAAGCAACUCUGCAUCAGUCAGGAUGAAGAGCAGCUUGUGCUGAAACAAGAGACUGAUGACAUUUUGGUGAAUCCUCUUAAUGUGCAAAGAAUCCACAAUGAAACAGAACCACAGAGGAACCAACUCAUCUCUCAUGGCUCUGCUGAGGAUGAGAACCAGGAUCAGGAAGGAAGCAAUUCUGAGGACUCAGGAGAAAAGAGAGAUGAAGAACAGAAACACAACAAAAGAUGCCAGAAAGAUCUCCCACAAUGUUGCGUGUGUAAAGAGGAGGAGGUUCUCAAUGAAACAGAACCACAGAGGAACCAACUCAUCUCUCAUGGCUCUACAGAAACUGAGAACCAGAAUCAGGAAGGAAUCAAUUCUGAAGACCCGGGAAAAAAGAGAAAGGAAGAACAAAAACAAAAGGAGAAAUAUGAGACAACGAAAGAGCAGAAAGGCAGAACUGACACUUCAAAACAAAAAAAGCACAAGAAAGCUCACGCAGGGCAAAAAUUAUAUUCUUGUAAAAUUUGUUAUAAAACCUUUUCUCGAAACGAUAUCUUGCUGAGACACAGAAGAAUUCACAAAGAUGAGCAGCCUUUUUCUUGUGGGACUUGUGGAAAGAGUUUCUCUCGGAAAGGCCAUCUAAAUGCUCAUAUGAAAGUUCACACAGGUGAGAAGCCCUUCUCAUGUGGGACCUGUGGAAAGAGUUACAGUGAAAGAGGGACUUUAACUUGGCACAUGAGAAUUCACACAGGUGAGAAGCCUUUCUCCUGUGGAUCCUGUGGAAAGAGUUUCUCUCGAAAGAAUACUCUAAAUGUCCAUAUGGUAACUCACACAGAUGAGAAGCCUUUCUCUUGUGGGACUUGUGGAAGACGUUUCUCCCUAAAAUCUAAUUUAAAUGUUCACAUGAGAAUUCACACAGGUGAGAAGCCUUUUCCUUGUGGGAUCUGUGGAAAGAGUUACAGUGAAAGAGGGACUUUAUCUCGUCACAUGAAAAUUCACACAGGUGAGAAGCCUUUCUCUUGUGGGUCGUGUGGAAAACGUUUCUCUCAACAAGGUGUUUUAAAUGUUCACAUGAGAAUUCACACAGGUGAGAAGCCUUUCUCUUGUGGAUCCUGUGGAAAGAGUUUCUCCCUAAAAACUCAUUUAAAUGUUCACAUGAGAAUUCACACAGGUGAAAAGCCUUUCGCUUGUGGGUCUUGUGGAAGAGGUUUCUCUCGCAAACAUUAUUUAAAUGUUCAUAUGAAAAUUCACACAGGUGAGAAGCCCUUCUCAUGUGGGAUCUGUGGAAAGAGUUACAGUGAAAAGGGGACUUUAACUCGGCACAUUAGAAUUCACACAGGUGAGAAGCCUUUUGCUUGUGGGAUCUGUGGAAAGAGUUACAGUGAAAAGGGGACUUUAACUCGGCACAUUAGAAUUCACACAGGUGAGAAGCCUUUCGCUUGUGGGAUCUGUGGAAAGAGUUACAGUGAUAAAAAUACUUUAACUCAUCACAUGAGAAUUCACACAGGUGAGAAGCCUUUCGCUUGUGGGAUCUGUGGAAAGAGUUACAGUGAUAAAAAUACUUUAACUCAUCACAUGAGAAUUCACACAGGUGAGAAGCCUUUCACUUGUGGGACUUGUGGAAAACGUUUCACUCAAAAAGGUGUUUUAAAUGUUCACAUGAGAAUUCACACGGGUGAGAAGCCUUUCUCUUGUGGGUCGUGUGGAAAACGUUUCUCUCAAAAAGGUGAUUUAAAUGUUCACAUGAGAAUUCACACGGGUGAGAAGCCAUUCUCAUGUGGGAGCUGUGGAAAAAGUUACAGUAACACAAGUAAUUUAUCUCGUCACAUGAAGACUCACUCUGAUGAGAAUCCAUAGGUCCAAAACAGAUCCGAUCCAAUUUGCAUCUAAUCUUAUGGAAAAUCUGGUCAGAUGAUGUAAACAGCAAGUUGAACAUAUUAAAGUCAACAGAUUCUUGCAGGCUGCUAGUGUUUCACUGUGAUUGUGUCUUUCACUGUCUGACCAAGAUAAACCUGAGGUCUACUUUUGCCUAGCAGCUUGUUUUCCUUAAUCCAGUUUUUUGUUUUAAUUCUCAAUCGUAUUUGUACUUAAGAUCCCCAUCAGUAUCCCAUUUGAUACUGAAGUUAAAGAGGGGAACACAUUCAGACAGGAUUAAUUUCUGUGCAUUUCAGUUUUCAUGGAGUUCUGUACCAUGUAGAAUAAUUGAGUUUAGCUUUUAUUUGAAGUUUCUGUGUAUGACUGGAUGUAAAAUACUUUAGAAAUGAAAGCAGUGAAAUGUUCUUGUUUUUCCAUAAAUAAA